CGCUGCUCUGCUUCCCUCCCUCCGCUCCGCCCCCACCUCCUCUAACGUUACGUCAGCCUCUAGUCGUCCACCAGCCGGAGCAGAGCCUCUUGUUGGUAGCGGAUCGGAAUGCGGAUGGGCAAGUACGAGAUGGGGCGGACGCUCGGGGAGGGCCACUUCGGCAAGGUGAGGCUGGCGCGGCACGCGGACACGGGCCGGCCCUUCGCCAUCAAGAUCCUCGACCGCCAGCGCAUCCUCGCCAUGAAGAUCCACGACCAGAUCAAGAGGGAGAUCGCGACGCUGAAGCUGCUCAAGCACCCCAACGUCGUCCGCCUCUACGAGGUUUCCGCAAGCAAGACCAAAAUAUACAUGGUGCUUGAGUACGUCAAUGGAGGAGAGCUGUUUGACAAGAUCGCGUUGAAGGGUAAGCUGACGGAGAAGGAAGGGAGGAAACUGUUCCAGCAGCUCAUAGAUGCCGUGGGAUACUGCCACGAGAAGGGGGUUUAUCACAGGGACCUCAAGCCAGAGAAUGUCCUUGUUGAUGCAAAAGGAAACAUAAAAGUUUCUGAUUUCGGAUUAAGUGCCCUUCCACAGAACCAACAAAAAGAUGGUUUGUUGCAUACCACAUGUGGCAGCCCUAACUACAUAGCCCCUGAGGUCCUUCUGAACAAAGGUUAUGACGGCUCGAUAUCUGACGUAUGGUCCUGUGGUGUUAUUCUAUAUGUAAUGCUUACAGGGAAUCUUCCAUUCGACGACCAAAAUGUGGUUGUCCUUUACCAGAAGAUUCUCAAGGGGAAUGCUCACAUUCCAAAGUGGCUCUCCCAAGGUGCCCAAGAUAUACUGAGAAAAAUCCUGGAUCCUAACCCGGUUACACGCAUAGAUGUGGAUGGAAUAAGGGCACAUGAUUGGUUCAAGCAAGGCUAUGCUCCAGCUAUGCCAUUUAGCGAUGAUGAAGAAGAUAUCAGCAUGGAUGAAGACAGCCUAAACAUCACCGAGCAUAAUGACAUCCAAGACAAGAUAGCAAUCAACCAAAUCAAUGCUUUCCAGCUCAUUGGAAUGUCCUCCUGCCUUGAUCUAUCCGGAUUUUUUGAGAAAGAGGAUGUUUCUGAAAGGAAAAUCAGAUUUGCAUCAAAUUAUUCCCCAGCUUAUUUAUUUGAGAAGAUUGAGAGCAUUGUCAGAAAAAUGGGGUUCCAGGUACAUAAGAGCAACGGCAAGCUAAAAGUGAUCCAAGACUGCAAGGGACUAGCAAAUUCAAGAGGGCAAGAGUCAUUAUUAAUUUCUGCUGAGGUGUUUGAGAUCAAUGAAUAUCUUUAUGUUGUCGAACUAAAGAAGUCAUCUGGAGACUGCUCCCUGUACAGAAAGAGAGGUUGCAUCGAACCCAGAACCUUUGGCUCAGUGGAAAGGCUUCUUACCACUACGCCAAGCCUGUCCUUCAUUUGAAUGGCUUAAAUGUUCCGGAUAAUUUCACUUUAGCAGGUAUUUGAUUUAUUAUGUCUAUCAUUUUGUUUCAAUGUUGCAGUUGUGUGAGACGCUCUCAGAGGACUUGGGCACAUGCAAAAGCCAGCAAUUUUUAAAGCAGGACUCUAUCAGACAAGAUAUAGGUAGAUAUAAUAGUAGCUUUUAACAAAGAGACACUUACUAAAUAGCCUAUAGACACAAACUAACACAAACAAUAUACUGAAUUUAAAACAGUAUAUUGUCCAUGCACCUAUUUUAAAUGUGCUCUCUUAUGCCUUUUGUCAUGAAACCUCAAGAAUCUUAGUUUAUGACAAAUUGGCAUCUGACGAUGUAUUGAGCUCCUAAGGGAUAAUAUGAUGUAAACAAGUAAACUACACAUAUAAGAGAUUCAGAGUUACCUGGUCUCUAUGUUUCUCUAGCCUACCCCAACUUGCUUGGGAUAAAAGGCUUUGUUGUUGUUGUUGGAAUGUAAGAUUGUUUGUUUUUGAA